UUAACAGCUAGUUUUUCAGCUACUAUGUGAAACAUAGCCUAAGGGUGAUUUUACAUGAUAUUUCGUGUCUAUACAUAGAUCCUUGCUUAUAAAAGCUUCAUUGGAAACCUUCCAUGAAACUCACACCCAUCACAAGAUUUAGCAGCUUGUAAACACAUUGCCAAUUAAAAAGCCUUCUUGUGUAGCUUCCACACAUCAUGCCUAUUAUCUUCACUUUGACCAAUAUCCAGGAACACCAUGUUCUCUCCAAUAUCAAUCCCGAAGCAAAAGUUAUGUUAAUAACCUUACUCAUAUGUCUUCUUUUAUUAGGUUUCUACAUGACCAAAAGAACUUCAUGUUCACGCGGAGUUUACUUAAUAGACUUCACAUGCUAUAAGCCCCCAGAUGCUCAGAAGCUCACAAAACAGUUCUGGGUCGAGCAACUAAAGCACCUGGGAAAUUUUUCAGAAGAAAUGGUGCAUUUCAUGAGGAAGAUUCUAGACAAGUCGGGACUUGGUGACUCAACCUAUGUUGUAGAUGUCUUACUGAAAAAAGAUUCUGAUCCGUGCAUGAAAGAAGCCAGAAGGGAAAUGGAGAUGACAGUUUUUGGAUCAAUAGACAUGCUGUUGGCUAAAACAGGUGUACGAUGUGAGGACAUUGGAAUACUGGUUGUGAAUUGUAGUAUUUAUAACACUAUGCCAUCUCUUUCUAGCAUGAUUGUCAACAGAUAUAAGCUUAAAGAAAACAUCAUCAGCUACAAUCUUGUUGGGAUGGGAUGCAGUGCAGGACUCAUGGCAAUCGGCCUUGCUCAAAACCUCCUGCAGGUGCAUCAGGAUUCUUAUGCGUUAGUGAUGAGUACAGAGGGCGUUACCGAGAACUGCUACGUUGGAGAUGAUCGUUCCAAGCUCCUUACCAGCGGCCUCUUCCGCGUCGGCGGUGCGGCGAUCCUCCUCUCAAACCGUCCCUCCGAUCGUGACAAUUGCAAAUACGAACUCCUCCACACCGUACACACCAAUGGAUCAAGUUCCGACCCUUCGUACAACUGCAUAUUUCAAGAAGAAGACAAAGCUGGGAUAAGAGGCGUCACCAUUACCAAAGACCUCUUCAAAGUCGCAUCCACCGUCAUCAGAUCAAACGCAACCACGCUAGGUAAACUAAUCCUACCGAUACCAGAAAAACUCAGAUACCUAACAAACAGCAUCGCAAGAAAACUCCGGCCAACGGCGAAUAUCCAACCUUACAUACCAAAUUACGGAAAAUCCGUUGAACACUUCCUCCCGCAUGUUGGCGGGAAGCCUAUGCUUGACGAAUUACAGAAAAACCUAGGGUUUGAUGAGACUGCCAUGGAACCUUCAAGAAUGACGCUGUAUAGAUUCGGCAACACCUCCAGCAGCUCUAUUUGGUACGAGCUAGCGUACGCAGAGGCAAAGGGUCGGGUCAAAAAAGGGAAUCGGGUAUGGCAGAUUGCGUUCGGGAGUGGUUUCAAAUGUAGCAGUGUGGUGUGGUGUGCAAUGCGGACCGUUGAUUAUGAUGAGAUGAAUCCGUGGACGGAUGAGAUCCACGGGUUCCCAGUUGAUGUGGAUUGUGACGAUGAACCAUUACCCAUAUUUUUUGAACCCUCGAAUUAA